AUGGAGUGGUUUGGAGAGAGGGUUCGGACACCGUACCAAGCAACGGUUCACGAAAAGACAUCUACAGCUUAUGACGAGGAGCCAACGAGGUCUGACCACGCCAGAGAGUAUGCAUCUGCACAUGCUCAACCAUCACCAGAUGCUACGCACAGACAUGGGCGGCGAUAUAGGCCACGAACAUGUCGGAUUUGCCUGGAUGUCGUAGAGCCAAAAUACCCUUCCAACUCGUCCAAGUCGAGCAAGCCAGUAUAUGUGUCUGACGACCCCGAGCUGGGAAGACUGCUAUCCCCAUGCAAGUGCAAGGGAUCGCAAAAAUAUGUCCACGAGGGAUGCCUCAAUUCUUGGCGACUCUCAAACCCGACGGCCAAGAGAAACUACUGGCAAUGCCCGACGUGCAAGUUCUCCUAUCGGCUGGUCCGCCUUCAUUGGGCUUCGAUGCUAAGCAGCAAAUGGGCUCAAGCUGGCCUGACACUGUUUAUCCUUGUGGCGAGCAUCUUCCUUUUGGGAUUUCUGGCUGACCCAAUCCUCAACCUUUGGGUCGAUCCCUUCGGUACCGUCAGUGACGCCGUUACAAGCGUCGUCACGGAUAUUGAAGCCCUCAAGGAGCCCGACUGGGAACCGCCGACGACCUGGGCCGAGCAUUUUCUCAAGGGAUUCUUCUCUCUUGGGCUCGUUGGCAUCUUCAAAUCCAUGAUUGCCAUGUCACCGUGGCAUUGGUGGAACUUGCGCAGCUUGACCGGAACCAGCAGACGCCAGGGCGGAAGGGCCAGAGUGGAAAACAUUAGCCUCGUGUUUGUCAUCAUUGGAGCCUUUACCGCCCUCAUGGGAAUAUGGAAAGGAGUCAAGAAGCUGAGUGAGCGCGUGCUGAAGAAUGUGAGUGAGAGAGUAUUGGACGUUGGCGGGGAUGAUGGUGAUGUUGAUGAUGACGGCGAUGAGGGAAUGCCGGAUGGGAACAAGGAUGAAUGA